CAUUUUUUUCGUAUUUUACUAUUACGGAAAAAUGACAGUAAUAUGGCUAAUUAUCUUAGCCAUUCCGUGCGUCUCUGCAUACUACGAAGAUUCUGAUUUUGACGAAGAAGGCGUGACCAAGGAAUUUUUGAGCUUUGACGUAGAUGACAGGCAAAUUCGUUAUGCCGAACUUGUGGUAGCGACACACGGGUGCAAAAUAGAUCGGCUGGAGAACGUGAUAGCUUUUAUGAAAGAAGAUCUUCCAACAUUCAAUGACGUACAGCUCAAAUUCAGGGAUAUGACGCCUCGAAUAUACUUCAAUAAUCAAAAUGAUGAACCUGUAGAGAGAGUGAUAAUAUACUCAAAGAUGCCGUUUGAAGUGAGGAGAGAGCUGAUUGUUCGAGGGUUCCUUCGAGUUGCCGACCAUCCCGAUGGAAGCAGAGUCUAUUACACGCAAGACUUCGAUAACCGGGAAAGUGUACCGGUCCCGUACCCGAUUAAUCCGCGUUAUAAACGUCGCGACCAGCUGCCCGACGGGAUAUGGAAAUGGUAGCCGGGGAAUA